GGAUGACGUAAAAGUCCAGCGCGUUCUAUUUUUCCCCUUUGUUGAUCCUUCCAUCCAUCCAUGCAUCCAGCCACCAAAGACGCUCAUUCGAUAUUGAUAACGAGAGCAGCGGCAGGCGAGUGAGUGUCACAUCGAAGCUCUGAAGAGUAUCCUGUGGACUAGCUGUGAACCAGUAAUAUCCACGAGUGCAUUGCGACAGGUUCGUUUGUCGAGAGCCCGGACUCCUUGACCGGCAUGUUUGGCGCCGCACCGCCGUGUACUACCUGCGGCAAAUCAGUCUACCAUGUUGAGCAAGUCUUCGGACCCGGCAAGAAGGUGUAUCAUAAACCAUGUCUGAAAUGUAAACAGUGUAAUAAACGACUGGAUCCCGGUGGUCUCGUCGAUCACGAUCUAGAUCCAUAUUGCAAGCACUGUCAUCUCCAACUUUUUGGAACACGGGACCUUCGCCAUUCGAACCUUCAUCCAGCUUCACCAGCGAGCACUCCGUCUAAAACGCCAGCUCGACGUCCUCUUCCCACAACACCCUCCAACACAACUGCCAUGUCGCCAAUGUCGCCUAAACACCCUACGCCGAGAAAUUUACCCCCUCCAGCGGAUUAUUACACCCCUCCUCAACUGUCUAGCUCGUCGGUACCGGCUACACCGGAUUACCCCAGGGAUCCAUGUACGCCCAUCACGAGGCCGAACUUCCAGGAUGCUAGACCUAUCAGCGUGCCUUACUCUGGAAAGAGGGAAAAUCUCGACGAGCGAGGUCUGCUGAGGCGAGGCGACAGUCCGAGAAUCAAGGUCGGAGAAAAAGUGAACAUGGGCGACGAGUUCUGCUGGGGAUGCGAGAAAAGAGUGUACAUCGCAGAGCAGGUGAGGGAACCCCUUUUGGACAUGACUGACGAGCAGAUCUUUGCAUUAGGCCACAAGUGAGCCGAGUCGCAGAAAUAGUCCGCUGACCCGCCAAGGUGGCAUCGGGGAUGCCUACGUUGCGAAUGG